UAAUUCAUGGAACAGCAUAGCACGGAGCAUAUAUACCCAUAGCCCAUGCGCCCUUGACCUAACUUAUUAACCCAGUUGCACUUCAAGAGCUCGAUCAAUACAAUAGCUAUCGCCCACAUCCACACUAAACACAAACAACCAAACAAAAAAAUCACACAACACAGCUAUACACACUCCAUCCAUUAAAUCAUCCUACAGGGAGCUAGAGAUCACUCUCCAAUUAUCUCCAUCUCCAUGGCGUUGGCGCAGCUGCAGGCGCAGGCGCGGUUCGUCGGCGUAGCGGCGACGAACGCCGGCGUGGAGCUCGACGUCACGGAGCAGUCGCGGUGGGUGAGCCGGGUGCGGCAGCGGAUGGAGGCCGGCGCCGAGGAGCUGGGCGCCGUGGCCAAGGUCUUCGACGUGCCCCGGGUGCUCCGGGCGACGCGGCCCGAGGCCUACGCGCCGCAGCACUUCGCCGUCGGGCCGUACCACUACCAGCGGCCCGAGCUCAGGGAUAUGGAAAGGUACAAGCUCGCCGCCGCCAAGCGGGCCGAGAAGCUCUUCGCCGGGGACAACAAGUUCGAUGACCUUGUUCAUAAGUUCGUCGGCAUGCAAGACAUGAUCCGGGCUCCAUACCACAGGUUCCUUGAGCUGAACGAGCAGAUGCUGGCAUGGAUGAUGGCCAUCGACACGUGCUUCCUCCUCGACUUCCUCGAGAGCUACCACGUCGACUCCGCCACCGACAUGGUCUCCUCGGCGACAAGCUGGAUCAACGCCGUCGUCCGCGACGCCAUGAUGCUGGAGAAUCAGAUCCCGCUCUUCCUCUUCGCCGGCGCGCUCCAGCUCCGUCACUAUGCCUCCGAACAGGCCGCCGCCGAUGCCAUGCGCGGCGUCUUCGACCGCUUCAUCAAGGAGGUCUGCCCCAUCAAGACCGCCGCGCUCGCCAUCGCCGGCGACAUCUCGAAACACGCUCACCUGCUCGAGCUCCUCUACCACUUCCUGGUCCCCGAGUCGGACGUCUUCACCGCCGAGGACCGGGAACUCCCGCCAUUGGUGCCCGAGGAGAUCUGCAUCGACAUGCUGGAGCAGCAGGUCCCGGACUACGACAAGGUGAAGCAGGCGUGCUUCCAGGUGUCCAGCCUCGACGUGGCGCCCAUACGGUUCAUCAAGAAGAACCUCGUCUCCAAGCCCAUGUCAGUGGCGUCUAGCCUGCCGGGCAAGAUCAUGCGCAAGGUGCCGCUCCUCUCGGCAAUGGCGCCGCUCGUCGGGAAACUCAUGUCCUCCACGGACGUGGAAUCGCGGCUCAAGGGCGUGAACCUCAACAGCAUCAUCAACUCGCCGCUAAUGCAUGAGAUCAUGAUACCAUCGGUCACUCAACUCGCCGCCUGCGGAGUGCGGUUCGCGCCGGCGCUGGAAGGGAUGGCUGGGAUCUCCUUCGACGCGGUCACGGCAACACUGACACUCCCCAUCCUGCAUCUCGACGGCAACACAGAGGUGAUCCUCCGGAACCUUGUGGCCUACGAGACCGCCGCUGUGCGUGGCCCGUUGGUGAUGGCGCGGUACACGGAGCUGAUGAACGGCAUCAUCGACACGGCCAAGGACGUGAAGAUCCUGAGGGAGGCCGAGAUCAUCGUGAACGGGAUGAAGAGCGACAAGGAGGCCGCGGACAUGUGGAACGGGAUGUGCAGGGCGAUAAGGCCGAGCAAGGUGCCGAUGCUGGACGGCGUGAUCCGAGGGGUGAACGCGCACCGGAACGCCAAGGCUGCGGUGAGGGCGAGGAAGUUGCUGAAGAAGUAUGUCUUUAGGUCGUGGAGGAUCCUCACGCUUCUGGCCGCCGUCGUGCUGCUGCUCAUGACGGCGAUGCAGACGUUCUGUACUGUGUAUGACUGCAAGCGAUUGUUCGGUGGCGUGCUCGGGUUGCCGGAGCUCACUACCGGACCCGGAGGAGGACGGUAGUAGCUCCAUGGAUCGAUCUGUUUCUGUUGCAUGGUUAAUUGGUUAAAUUCAUACGGCUAAAUCGCUUUGGUGUAGAGCCAGUAGUCCAUAUCUGUGCUUUCUUGCAUUGAGACUGCGCAUGUCGAUAUCUGUACUUAUCAUAGUCAUGUGGUGUUGUGUGAUGGAGUUGCGUUUUCACUUA